AGAGAGAAAGACUAUGGCUUCCGUUACAGAGAAUCCUUACUUGAAAGUAUUGCGAGGAAGAAUUAGGAACCUUCGCAAAAAUAUUGACAAGUUAGAUCGUCUGGAACAGCUGGCAAACCAAGGUGCUGUCCUCAAUUCGCAACAGUUGGAAAGUCUUCGUAACAAGGCAUCGAGACAAGCUGCACUUUGGGAGUUGGAAGAUAUAUUAGUUAGAAUGACAUCGAUAGUUCCGAAGGAGGAAGUGCUUUCUUCUGUUAAAGCAAAAGGCAAAGAAGACCCAAAGGAAACCCACCAAACUUUCACUAUUGAAAAGCAACCUCAUCAAAAGGUGGCAGAGUUGGAUCCAAGUAGUGGUUCCAGUUUAUUAUUGGAAUCUGCGGUGCAAGCUGAAGAAGAUGGCGUUGAGCAGUUGAACAAGAAACAACAACAAGAAGAAGCUCUGGUACAGAAUAUAUUGACGAUUCUUCACGUGAGCGAUUUUAUUGUCAAUGAGCCAGAAGCCGUAGAAACUAUCGUCAAGGAAAAUCUAGAGCUACCACAAGGAAAGUUUGGCAAGCUUAGUCGUGUGCAUAUGGACUCUGUGAAUUACUUUGCAAAGAUGCUUACGUCACCUGAUGGAGAUAUUCCAAUUGAAAGGGCUUUGUUGGUUUCAACGUAUCACGCGAUGGAAUAUUUGCAAAGAAGUAAGAAGGAAGCCAUUCCAGGAAUAAGUUAUGAAUUUCUUCACGAAAUCAUUUCCACUAUAGCCUCUCAUCCAUUGCUUGUAUUUCGUGGAGUAAAUAAUUCCAGCAAUAUGUCAACACAACGAGAAAGUCAACUUGUGGAAAAUGUUGUGGAACAGAUAAACUUUUUUGCACAACCAGUGGAGGAUGAAAUGGAUUCAGGAAUCGACAGUAUAAAUAAUUUACAAAUUGGUGACUCCUCCAUUGUCAUUAGUGGCGAUAGUGCAUUUCCAGACUCUCAUCCAGUGGAUAGUCUUAAAGGCAGUUCUUAUUUAGAUUUCACUCUUAACAAUAAUCCCUCCAGAAUUAUGAUUGACGAUGAUAACAUUUUGAUUAUUCAAGAUGAGAACGCAGAUAAUCCACUCGAUCACUUCAUUGCAUCAUCAGCGAGAGAUAUUUCAUUGGAGGAAUCUAUUUCACGUUCAGUAUUUGCAGAUACGGACCCAUUUAUGAAGAGCAAUUCAAGCAAUCGUCAAAAUGGCAACUUAUAUAAGAAGAAUAAUAUCGAUAGAAUGAUAAAUGAAUUUAUCAGUUCUCAAGAACCUGCCUCAGAGCGUGCUUAUACUGGUUUGGAUAAGUCAUCUCGGGAAGACACUGUAUCUAUGCAAUUCUUUCAUCGAAACAACAUAAAUGAAGUAAGCUUUUUAGACUGGGCUGAUGAGGAGACUCAUCAUAGUUCAGAAGAAACUUAUGAUAUGAAAUUUGAACCAAAUUCAGGAAUGCCAAAACGCAUUUUAUCACUAACCGGUAAUGUGAAACUGAACCAUGGCUCACAGAAUUCAAAGAGUCAGAUGGAAACUGAAGAUGAUCGUUUGGGUGGACAGAGGAUGCGAAAUAUGGAAUCAGACAAGUUACGUUGGUCCAAGAACCGUAACAAACAUUCCCAAUAUACUUCUAGACAGGGUUUAGAAGGAGAACGAAACAAAAUACACAACAGACAGCCAUUGUGGACUCGAAGGGAUACUAGACGAAGCGAUAAUGGAAAACAAUCCUUUUGAGAACCAAGUUGAUCUGAAAGCAUUGUUGAACUUUUGAAAUUUAUCUUGAAUAGUGUCGAAUGACUUGUCACAGCUGAGAUAUCCAAAACUUUAUAGAUACAAAAACACACAAUUCCUGCCUUAUUUGAAUAAAACAGCGCAGAUAAAACCAUUUUAUGAAUA